AAUAAAAAAAAGAAAAGUUCUCAAGAACAGCAGUUGGGAUGCCAAAGAAGUUCCAGGGUGAGAACUCCAAGGCAGCCACAGCCAAAGCCCGUAAGGCUGAGGCCAAGGCUGUAGCUGAUGCCCGCAAGAAACGAGAAGAGGAGGAUGCUGCGUGGCAGGAAACUGAUAAACAUGUUCUAAAAAAAGAGCAGAGAAAGGAUGACAAGGAGAAAAAGCGAAUGGAACUUCUUGAGAGGAAAAAAGAAAACCAACGACUUCUUGAUGAAGAGUUUUUAACGAUGAAAGGAAAAAACCAAAAGGAACCUGCACCUGGAAAAGUGACGCGUGCUCAGAUUGAGAAUACACUUCAGAAUGAGCAACAAAAGGAACAGAACGAGCUUAAACCGAAAGAAAAGAGCCAUCUUGAGACUCCACUGGAAGAGAAUGUAAACAAAAUUGUCCUUGAAGAAGGAACUAUUGAAGCCAGAACAAUAGAAGAUGCCAUUUCUGUGCUGAGCACUGGGCCAGAGGACAUGGACCGUCACCCAGAGAGGAGGAUGAAAGCAGCGUUCCUUGCCUAUGAAGAAGCCAACAUGUCUCGUCUAAAACAGGAGAACCCCAACAUGAGAUUGUCGCAACUGAAGCAACAGUUAAAGAAGGAGUGGACGAAAUCACCAGAAAACCCCCUGAACCAGCGCUUUACUACAUACAACUCAAAGUGAAAGUCCUUAUUCCAUGACACCGUCACAAAACUAAUCUCACUGGAAAAUUUGAUUUUCUUCUUAAAAUGAGAGUUGCUGAGAAAGACUUCAACACGGCAGCACUUGCUUAGAAACAAGGAAGAACUUUGUUUUCACCAUUUACUUAAGGAAGGUGACCGUGCCGUCACCAAACUGAUCAUCAUGUCUGUGCUGGAGGUUACUAAUAAGGAAUCAUUGCAUUUAGUAAUUAAAAAAUCUGUCUCUAUUUUACUACUUCUGGAGAAGAUUUGAGAGAAACUUAUUAAAGUUCAAUCGGUCAUCAACAAUCUCUUGUUGCUUUUAAAUACACUCCACCUUGUAAGAACGCACAACUGGCUACAGGAUACAACACACACACUUAACAUUACGUCUUUCAUGGCUGCCUGUGUUGUGUAUUUAUUAUUCAAAAAUAUGGAGUAUUACCAAGUAUGUUCAACAAAGGUUUGGAUCUAACUGAGUUUUUGCCAAAUGUUAGAAGACUUCUGAAAUUAAAAUUAAAA